AUGGUCAAGAUAAUUGAGACAUUGUGCCUGGCCAGGGUUCUGACCAUCGCCCUGUACACGGGGCCGUCAAUGAGCCCAGUGAACCACCACCACGCCUUCAUGAGCAGUGGGCAUCAAGAGACUAGCAGCAGCAGCAGCAAUGGGACAUGGAUCAAGGGGGUGUUCCAGGUGCGAAGGCUAAAAGUUUAUGGUCAGACACUAAAUUGGUCGAUCCAGCUUGGCAUCGUGCCGCCGGUCGUUGCCGUGUACUCCGCUUCCCGCCUCAUCCACCUGCACCUCCGGCGCCGCGGUCUAGCUUGGCACAACGCAUCACCGCUGCCGCGUACGUACUCUGCCUUAACCACCUCCACUUCCGGUGUCGCAGUCCGCCUUGGCACGGUACGCCGGCGGUCGCACGAGGCGCUCGCCAGCAUGCCACCGUUCUACUAUGCACACGGCGUCAUGCACGCGCCCAACUCCAAGGACCUCCUUCUUGCCAUCCCCAAGCUGGAGGCCACCGUGUGGAGAUGGUCGCCUGUGCAGUGCCCGUUGUCCACAAGCUCCUCAGAGCACAGCGACCACUUCAUGUGCAUUUCCAACCCGGUGUACGAGUGGCGCGGCCAGAUGCCCGUGGCCACCAAUGGGGACACCCCGUUGUUCAAGACGCCGAGUGAGUCGCUGUCACCGUUUGGGAUUAUAGAGGAGGACGAAGAGGGGGAGUUCUCGCCGCCAUUGUUAGCGAUGAGGAAGCUCCCACCAUUAGACGUCGCAGCGUGUCCCCUGCCGACGCUGAGCUUCGUUGAUGACAGGUCGUCGUUGAAGGUGACUGACGGAAGGCCGUGUGAGCCUUUCUUCAAAGGCUCCGUGACCGACACGAAUCGGGCCUCCUCCUCCUCGUCCAAUCUCACAGCUCAUUUCUUCUCUUCAUGGUAA